AUGAACAGCAAAGAAGGUGGGGUGCCUCUUGCUAUUGCGACACCCCCUGAGCGACCGGUCCCUAAGGAGACGCUCUUCGACGACGAUAUCUUUGUGGAUGCUUGUCGUAACCUCCACAAUAAGAAUGAGGCGAGGAUCAUUCAAGACAUCUCAAGGCUUAUCGUUCCUGCGGCGGAAUCGCUCGCACUUCGAAAAAAGAAUUAUAAACGUCUUAUCGAGAGCGUUAACGAAGGGUGGGACAAUUCGAUCCCCCUCACCGGCACCCGUCCACAGCCUGACUACUCCGUUGGGUUCAAACGAGACGCAUUUACCGAUGACCAGCUCGCCAAGCUAUCGCCCUUUAUUGGCGACUUUAUCGCCGGGGACCAGUCCUUCUUUAUGGCCACGUACUAUAUGUACUUCCCGUUGCUGACUUGCGAGGUGAAGUGCGGCGCCGCGGGGCUCGACAUCGCCGACCGAUAG